CCCGGACUGGGGACGGAAGUUGCUGAAGUACCAUUAGUUUCAGUUUUGUUUCUCUCUCAGGCACCCAGCCGCAGCACCGUCCAGGCCUCGGGGGUCCCCCCACUCCCCAUCCUGGAGGCCAAGGUCAGCUCAGGCUUGGCUGGGCUUCCUGGUCUCAUUUCUCACGGCCCUAGGCACCAGGCGAGCAGGUGGUUCCUCUUGCGUAUCUCCGACUGCAUAGCUCAAAAGCAAGUGGCCACACGCCCUGGGAGACCAGAAGAAGAUUUCCUGGCCAUUCAGCAUGGUUUCCCAGGGAUCCUCACCCUCCCUCCUGGAAGCCCUGAGCAGCGAUUUCCUAGCCUGUAAAAUAUGCCUGGAGCAGCUUCGUGCCCCCAAGACGUUGCCCUGCCUGCACACUUACUGCCAGGACUGCCUGGCCCAGCUGGCCGAUGGCGGCCACCUGCGCUGCCCUGAGUGCCGGGAGACCGUGCCUGUGCCGCCUGCGGGUGUGGCCGCCUUCAAGACCAACUUCUUCGUCAACGGGCUCUUGGAUCUGGUGAGGGCCCGGGCUGGCGGAGACCUGCGCGCGGGGAAGCCUGCCUGUGCGCUGUGUCCCCUGAUGGGGGGGGCCGGCACCGGGGGGCCGGCCACGGCCCGGUGCUUGGACUGUGCGGACGACCUAUGCCAGGCGUGUGCCGACGGCCACCGUUGCACCCGGCAGACCCACACCCACCGGGUGGUGGACCUGGUGGGCUACAGGGCAGGCUGGUACGAUGAGGAGGCCCGGGAGCGCCAGGCGGCCCAGUGCCCCCAGCAUCCUGGGGAAGCCCUGCGCUUCCUGUGCCAGCCCUGCUCCCAGCUACUGUGCCGCGAGUGCCGCCUGGACCCCCACCUGGACCACCCCUGCCUACCCCUGGCCGAGGCCGUGCGCGCCCGGAGGCCCGGCCUGGAGGAGCUGCUGGCGGGUGUGGACAACAACCUGGCGGAGCUCGAGUCCGCCCGGAUGGUGGAAAAGGAAGCCUUGGCCCGGCUGCGGGAGCAGGCGGCUAGGGUGGGGACCCAGGUGGAGGAGGUGGCCGAGGGGGUGCUCCGGGCCCUCCUGGCCCAGAAGCAAGAGGUGCUGGGGCAGCUACGGGCCCACGUGGAGGCUGCGGAGGAGGCCGCUCGGGAGAGACUGGGGGAGCUGGAGGGCCGGGAGCAGGUGGCCAGGGCGGCGGCCGCCUUCGCCAGACGGGUGCUCAGCCUGGGCCGCGAGGCUGAGAUCCUCUCGCUGGAAGGGGCGAUUGCCCAGAGGCUCCGGCAGCUGCAGGGCUGCCCCUGGAUGCCUGGGCCGGCCCCCUGCCUGCUGCCCCGGCUGGAGCUCCAUCCUGGGCUCCUGGACAAGAACUGCCACCUGCUACGGCUCUGCUUUGAGGAGCAGCAGCCCCAGAAAGACAGUGGGAAAGACGAAGCUGGAGGCCAGGGAGGGGAUGAAGCUCAGAGCCAGAGAGAGGGGGGAGCCAAGUCGGAAAGACAAGGUGGAAUCCAGCCCCAGAGCAGGGAUGGCGCUUACACCCCAAAGGAGAACAGAGCCCAGACACCCCAGGAAGAGGGAGCCCAGACCCCGAAGGAGGAGAGAGCCAAGACGCCCCAGGAAGAUGGAGCCCAGACCCCAAAAGAGGGCAGAGCCCAGACACCCCUAGAAGACGAAGGAGCCCAGACCCCAAGGGGCAGCAGAUCCAACAAGAAGAGGAAGUUCAAAGGCAGGCUCAAGUCCAUUUCCCGGGAGCCCAGCCCAGCACCUGGGCUAAACCUGGAGGGCUCCGGCCUCCUCCCCAGGCCCAUUUUUUCCUGCAGCUUCCCCACGCGCAUGCCUGGAGACAAGCGGUCUCCUCGGAUCACAGGGCUCUGUCCCUUUGGCCCCCGGGAGAUCCUGGUGGCCGAUGAGCAGAACAGGGCACUGAAGCGCUUCUCCCUCAGUGGUGACUACAGGGGCGCGGUGCCCGUCCCUGAGGGCUGCUCCCCGUGCAGCGUGGCCGCCCUGCAGGGGGCAGUGGCCUUCUCGGCCGGCGCGCGGCUCUACCUCAUCAGCCCCGAUGGCGAGGUGCAGUGGCGGCGGGCCCUGAGCCUCUCCCAGGCCAGCCACGCCGUGGCCGCAAUGCCGAGCGGGGACCGGGUGGCCGUCAGCGUGUCGGGCCACGUCGAGGUGUACAACAUGGAAGGCAGCCUGGCCACCCGGUUUAUCCCGGGGGGCAAGGCCAACAGGGGCCUGCGGGCUCUGGUGUUCCUGACCACCAGCCCCCAGGGCAAUUUUGUGGGGUCCGACUGGCAGCAGAACAGCGUGGUGGUCUGUGACGGGCUGGGUCAGGUGAUCGGGGAGUACCGGGGGCCGGGCCUGCACGGCUGCCAGCCAGGGUCUGUGUCCGUGGAUAAGAAGGGCUACAUCUUUCUGACCCUUCGCGAGGUCAACAAAGUGGUGAUCCUGGAUCCGAAGGGGUCACUGCUCGGUGACUUCCUGACGGCCUAUCACGGCCUGGAAAAGCCCAGGGUGACCACCAUGGUGGAUGGCAGGCACCUGGUUGUGUCCCUCAGUAAUGGGACCAUCCACGUCUUUCGGGUCCGCCCUCCUGAUAGUUAAAGGGCUAGGACUGGGGAGGGACUGGGGUGGGGGAGGGGUGGGGGGAGGACUG